AUUAAGCAAGCACAGCUUUCUCUCCAAUGUCUCACUGUCUCUACCGUACCUCCACCGGAAGAGGACCACGUCCGAAGACUCAUCGCGCCGCUCCUACUUCGAAGAACUUGACUCAACAUGUCCUCGACCCUCCGACACACUUGACUUGGUAGAGCUUGCCGAAGACCCCAAUAUCUCUACCGAACUCGAUGAGGAUUACGACAAGGAUGUCUACAGAUGGGCGGUGUUGUACGAGAACCAGCGAGGGUGCGUAACAGACGUAUCUCAACACCCAAUCUCUUGGCUGAGAGCCACGUCAGUGCAACUGUAUUUUCCACCGCGAACUACUCGCCACUGACUCUCCUGCCCCUGGACCCUCCCCCGUUCACCAUCCCCACCGCCUCGACCUCUCCCCGGAGGAACCAGCCCACCGUCACUCUGGAGGACUACCCACUUCCGGAUGGCUCCUGGAGGUGGGUCUCCAGAGCCUGGAUGAUCGACAUGCGUGGCGACGGCGAGGUCCAGUAUGACGGCUUUGAGUAUGCCCGUUCUUUUCGGAGCAAGAAGUGGAGCCCCAAUCCGGGCUUCAUGAGCAACCGCGGACUCGUGCGACGUCGACGAUGGAUACGGUUGAUGAUGCGCCCUGCACAGGCCUUGCACGAGGCUGCAAGUGUCCUCGAGGACGCCGGAGCUCUGUCGGGUCUCCCGGAGCUGGAGCAUCACGAGGAGGGAGCGACGCGGCCGCCAUCUGUCCUGCUCACUGCCACGAACGACAGCGAGGACGAUAUUGAAGUGUGGAGAGGCGAUGCCGGCGACUGGCAGCGAUGUCACCUUGCACUCCGUCGCCUAGGUUGGGAUGGGCGGAAAGUGGAGCUUUGGGCCAGGUGGCUUGGGGUCCCUGGAGCAUCCAGGCCUGCAUCUCGCGUUUCGUCGUUGAAUCCUGUCAUCGCUCCUUUUGCGGUGGUGUCACCCGAGGCCAUUGAAAGCGGGAAACGCAUAACAUCGAGGACACUACCGUCCGUGGAUGGAAUAUCGACAAGUUCGAGCCAGUCGGGCGCUGCUCAUCUCACCGCCGAAUCAAGGGCCAGUUUGGCACCGGCACCCAAAGAGCGUGUCGCUGCUGUCAUUCGACGACAUGGCUCGGACAUCUUGAGCCUCUUUGUAUACCCGGAUUCGCGUGCUCAGUUCAUAUCUCUUCUUGCAAAGGCUGGUUUGUUGCAAGAUCUCCGAGCGGGUCUAGGCAUUCCGGAUAGCGUGCAAUUCUUAGACUUCUGGAGUUAUACCAAAGACUUGAGCGGGGAUUCGGCCGACGCGCUCAAGUCAUCUUGACGAUACCUGAUUGCUAGUAUAAUGUACAUUACUUAUACCACAUUGACAAAUCCCACCGAUGUA